AAAGCCCUGAGUCCAGAUUCCAUUUGUCUCAUAAAUUUACAGACGCAAGUAAAUUCAAUUCUAAACUGGACAAGAGGUGGGAUUGAAUGCUUUCUGAGUUUAUGCAGGAAUGGCCCUGGUGAAGAGUGGCUGGCUGUGGAGACAAACCUCAAUUCUUCGGAGAUGGAAGAAGAACUGGUUUGAUUUGUGGCUAGAUGGUAUCCUUGUAUAUUAUGAAGAUGAAAAUCGUCGUCAGCUGGAAGACAGUAUCCAUCUAAAAAUAAACUGCAUAAAUAUAAAGGCAGGGUAUGAAUGCAUAGAGGGCUUGCCACCAGAACAAAGCAGUAGAGAAUGUAUGCUGAUAAUUUACCUACGGGAUGGUUCAAAACUGGCACUAAGUGCAGACAGCACUGAUGAUGCAUUGGCAUGGAAACUGGCAUUCCUGGAAACUAAAUGCAACCUGGUAACACAGUAUGAUCCUGAUGACCAUUACCAGGCUGUUACCCCAAAUGCUUUUAGCACCAUCUACAUCAACCCAAGGAACUGUGGCCACCCAUAUUUAGGGCCGGGAGCGAGCCACAUUUGGGUCCAUCAGAAUCCAUGUUGCAGCACAGGUGGACAAAUUGCACUGGGGAUGCUUGCUGGGGCUGUGACAGGCACUGUGCUGAGGUCACUGAUGUGGUCACCAUGUUGGCUCUAAAAUAGCAUUGCUAUGAAGGCAGUAACUUUCCCAUUGCUGCAUUUACUUCAGCUUUACAAUGGUUUUUGUGUGUGUAAGCUUCUACUUACUACUUAGAAAAUAAUAUAGACUAUCGGUACAAUUAGUCAUGAAAUAAUUAGCCUAGACUUUGGUUUCAAGCAAACUUGAAUAUCCAAAGAUUUAAUGCACAGAAUAUAUGUUGAUUUUGGAACUAUACUACACUUAAAUAUACUACACUUAAACAUAGUGUAUUAAUGCAGCAUUUUGAAAAAUAUAGGUGAAAGCUAAAUUAUAUUCUUUACAGAAAAUUUAAAUUUCUUCUGUUAAGAUGUAAGUAGCAGUUUCUGCUUAAACGUGUGAUGAUCUGUGACUGUUUCGUGCGGAUACAGACAAUAUUUUCCUGAUUCAUUUCGCUAACUGCCCUCUGACACACCCCUCCUCAACAAACAACCCCAAUUUUUUUGAUUCCUGAAGGCUAUGGAAAAACUUUGGCCAACAGAGACAAUGAUUUUUCCACUGGCUGCCUCUGUUGGUAAGCAACUGACUUCUGCUUAGAAAUUCUGCACAUUGGGAUGGCAAUGAUGGGCAGCACAGCAUAUGAGCAGCAACAGAUGUACAUGCAGGAACAAUCAGCCCAAAACACAUUCGAUAAAGUUUCAGUGUUAUACAUUGAGCCCUGUAGGAGGAUGUCCAAGACUAUGCUUGAAGAAGCAUUUUAUUAUUUGAUAUGCAGAAAAGGUAGAUUGAAGUGAUUCAGAUGUAAAGUGUGUUCUACCAGUGUGAAUGUAAACUUUGUUACUCAAGUGGUCAUUUAACCUAUUUAGAUUUUAUCCCAAAUCAGCUUUAAUUUUAGCUUUGUCUGUUCCUUAAAAUGAAAUGUCAACAACAUUAAUCAUUCCUCAGUCCAAGCAAUUUUCAAGUACUCUGACAAUUAAAUGAUGAGGUAAAAAUAAAAUAAUGCAGAUGCUGGAAAUCUGAAACAAUCAUAGAAAAUACUGGAGAAAUUCAGCAGGCCUGGCAGCAUCUUUGAAGAGAGAAACAGAGUUAAUGUUUUGGGUCUGGUACGAUUUCGUUGUGUUAAACGUCGAAGUCUUGUCACCCUCGCCCAUAUUUGAAUAACUAAUGUAUGAUUGGUGAGAAAAGUGAAAGCAAACAGGGGGCACAGUUUUCUCCUGGCUAUGAUCACUGAGAUUGGUGGUCAUAGUGAGGAGGCUGGUGGUAGCAGAGGUUGGAUAUAUGAAUUGUUGCCAUGCUUGUAAAGUCUUGGCCUGUUUCUUGAUCCCCACCUUUCAUUCCAUCGAGGGCCUGUGGCAGGUCUUUGCACCAGGUUUUUAAAGAUGCUGCUCCUCUGGACAGCCAAUAGGCAUGGACACAGAAUACGAGGCAGGAGUCCAGGAAUAUCCCUCUUACCCAAAUUACAUGCACCUACUCCAAACACAGCAGAUUCCUG